AUGACACAAGAAUUCCCUCUUUCUAUCUUUAAUCUGCAGAACGACUUUGUUGUGGAUACCAGUCUGGUGGGGACAGUCUUGAAUGGGCUGUCACACCUUAGUGGUGUCAGGGAGCGAGGGCAGUUUGUUGUCAGUCUCAUCAGGGGUCUUGGCAGCAAUAUAAAUCUGAAAUCACGGCAGGAGUUUGCAAAAGAGGUUCUAAGCUGGGCCCGUGAAAGCCCACCUGAUCCAAGGAAGCCUCUGGACACAUUUUAUGACCCUCAGACGGGACGCCUCAAAGCUUAUCUGCUGGAGAAGCCAGAAAAUCUGUCUGCAGAUGAUUUCACUAACCCUCAGAACCUUCCAGUCAUUCAAACACCCGACAUGCAGAGGGGUCUUGAUAACUUCAAGCAAUGGCUCAGCUCUGAAAACAGGCAGCCCUUUAUUUUAGUAGGACCUGAGGGCUGUGGAAAAGGAAUGCUCCUGCGAUAUGCCUUCUCCCAGCUCAGAUCCACACAGGUUGCCACUGUGCAUUGCAGUGCUCAGACCUCCUCUCGUCAUAUUCUGCAGAAGUUGAUGCAGACCUGUCUAAUACUCAGCUCCAACACCGGACGAGUCUACAGACCUAAAGAUUGUGAACGCCUUGUUUUGUACUUAAAGGACAUCAACCUGCCAAAACCAGACAAAUGGGGAACCAGCAAUCUAAUAGCUUUUCUUCAGCAGGUGCUGACCUAUCAUGGAUUUUACGAUGAUAAUCUGGAGUGGGUUGGACUGGAGAACAUUCAGAUUGUGGCUUCAAUGUCCGCAGGGGGUACAGUGGGAAGACAUGUCCUAACGACUAGAUUUACGUCAGUUGUUCGCAUAUGUACAAUCGAUUAUCCUGACAGAGACCAACUGCAGACUAUCUACAGUGCUUAUCUUCAGCCUGUGCUACACAGGAACCUAAAAAGCCACCCAGCCUGGGGUUCAGCAGGCAAAAUACACCAGCUGGCUGGAUCCAUGGUGCAGGUGUAUGAGCAGGUCAGAGUGAAAUUUACAGUUGAUGACUACAGUCACUGCCUGUUCACUCCCUGCAUUCUCACGCAGUGGGUGCUCAGCUUGUUUAGAUAUGAUUUAACUGGAGUAGACCUUGUUUUAGAAGUUAUAGCUUACGAAGGACAGCGUCUCUUCCGGGAUCGUCUUGUGAGCACAAAGGACAUCAAUGCAUUUGACAACAUUUUGAUGUCAGUGAUUCGUGGAGACUGGGGUUCAGAUGUGCUAGAAAAUAUGGCAGACUCUUACUAUGUCACCUGGGGAGCUCCUCAUGAGGCUGGUGCAGUAAUAGCUCCUGGGCAGCCUUUACCUUCACACGGAAAACCACUGGGUAGACUGAGCUCCAUGGAUUUGAAGGAAGUUAUCCACAAGGGCAUAAUCCAGUAUGGAAGAGACAACAGGGAACUGGACAUCCUGAUUUUCCACGAGGUCCUUGAAUACAUGUCCAGAGUGGACAGAGUCUUGAGCUGUUACACAACACAGGACCCCCCCAGUGACGACACUACCACCUGCCUUGCAUGUCUUAAGUGGAGUGGGCCGUCGUACUGCCACCUCUGUGGUUAG